CCGGGCGUGUCAAUUUUCCUCAGAGCGGCAAUAUAGGCUCAUCCCCAAGAUUAAGAUGUGCUAUAAAAAAUUGUAUCCCAUUCAUAAAUGCUUCUCAAAUGUUAUUAGUUCCUGGAAAGCCAAGUCCAUACAUACAAUCUCCAGAAACGGCUCAAUCAAUCUACUUGUUUCAUUCCACAACACCCAAGAGCUUGAGCUACUCUUGCAAGCUUUUUCUGAUCCUUCCAAUUUCCUACAAGCCAAACAAAUUCAUGCCCAGUCCAUUCUUCAUGGCAUCACCAACAGUGGCCUGCUGGGAGCGAGGAUUUUGGGCAUGUAUGUUCUUUGCGAUAAUUUCGCAGAUGCUAAGAAAAUGUUUUAUCAGCUUGAAUUAUACUUUGCCAUGCCCUGGAAUUGGAUGAUCAGAGGGUUUAAUAAAUUGGGUCGCUCUGAUUUUGCUUUGUUGUUUUACUUUAAAAUGUUAGGGUGUGGAGUUUGUCCUGAUAAGUAUACUUUUCCUCCGGUGAUUAAGGCUUGUGGUGGUUUGAAUAAUGUGAGAUUGGGUAAGAUGGUUCAUGACACGAUGUUUUUGAUGGGUUUUAGUGUAGAUGAGUUUGUGGGUAGUUCAUUGAUAAAGUUGUAUGCAGAGAAUGGUUGUAUAGAAGAUGCACGCUGUUUGUUUGGUAAAAUGCCUCAUAAAGAUUGUGUUUUGUGGAAUGUGAUGCUUAACGGUUUUGUGAAAUGUGGGGAAUCGAAUAGUGCUAUACUGGUGUUUGAGGAAAUGAGAAACUGUGAAACUAAGCCCAAUUCAACUACAUUUGCUUCUGUUCUUUCCGUCUGUGCUUCAGAGGCAAUGCUUCAAUUUGGUACUCAGCUUCAUGGGCUUGUUGUCAGUUGUGGGUUUCAGUUUGAUCCUCGAGUCGCCAACACACUUGUGGCUAUGUACUCUAAAUGUGGGCAGUUAUUUGAUGCACGUAAAUUGUUUAGAACGAUGCCUGAGACUAGUGUUGUGACUUGGAAUGGGAUGAUUGCUGGGCAUGUACAAAAUGGGUUUAUGAACGAGGCCUCGCAUUUGUUCUCUGAGAUGAUAGCUGCUGGUGUUAAACCCGACUCUAUUACAUUAGCUAGUUUCCUCCCAUCAAUUAUUGAAUCAGCAAGUCUCAGGCAAGGUAAGGAAAUUCAUGGUUAUAUGGUGAGACAUGAUGUAACUUUAGAUCUGUUCUUGAAGAGCGCACUUAUUGACAUAUACUUUAAGUGCCGGGAUGUGGAGAUGGCUUGCAAGAUUUUUAAUCAAAAUACCGUAAUUGAUAUCGUAGUCUGCACAGCCAUGAUUUCAGGCUAUGUGCUCAAUGGGUUGAACAAUGAUGCUUUAGAUAUUUUUAGGUGGUUACUGCAAGAGAAAAUGUGUCCAAAUGCUGUAACUUUGGCAAGUAUUUUACCUGCUUGUGCUGGUUUGGCUACUCUAAAAUUGGGGAAAGAAUUGCAUGCUUACGUCCUCAAGGGUGGGCUUGAUGGGAAGUGUCAUGUGGGAAGUGCAGUUGUGGACAUGUAUGCAAAAUGUGGAAAGCUGGAUCUUGCACAUCAGGUUUUUAGUAGAAUGUCUGAAAAGGAUGUUAUUUGUUGGAAUGCAAUAAUAACAAAUUGUUCUCAGAAUGGCAAACCACAGGAGGCCAUUCAUCUUUUUCGUCAAAUGGGGAUGCAAGGUAUGAAUUAUGAUUGUGUGGGUAUAUCAGCUGCCCUUUCUGCUUGUGCAAACUUACCAGCACUCUGUUAUGGGAAAGAGAUUCAUGGUUUCAUGAUCAAAGGUGCAUUGAACUUUGAUCUUUUUUCUGUGAGUGCACUAAUAGACAUGUAUGGGAAAUGUGGAAACUUAAGUACUGCUCGUCAUGUGUUUGACAUGAUGCAAGAGAAGAAUGAAGUUUCGUGGAACAGUAUCAUUGCUGCUUAUGGGAGCCAUGGUCACCUUGAGGAAUCUCUUGCCUUGUUCCAUAAAAUGUUGCAAGAUGGAAUUCAACCUGAUAAUGUAACCUUUCUUACUAUAUUGUCUGCUUGUGGACAUGCUGGCCAAGUUGAUAAAGGAAUUCAAUACUUCAGAUGCAUGACUGAGGAAUAUGGUAUCCCAGCUCAGAUGGAGCAUUAUGCUUGCAUGGUAGAUUUGUUUGGCCGUGCCGGCCGUUUGAAUGAAGCAUUUGAAACCAUAAAAAGCAUGCCAUUCUCACCUGAUGAAGGUGCUUGGGGGACAUUGUUGGGAGCCUGUCGACUCCAUGGCAAUUCUGAGCUUGCUGAAGUGGCUUCAGGACAUCUACUUGACUUGGACCCAGAAAAUUCUGGUGGCUAUGUACUGCUUUCAAAUGUACAUGCCAAUGCUGGACAAUGGGGAAAUGUACGCAAGAUACGAAGUUUAAUGAAAGAACGAGGAGUUCAGAAGGUACCUGGGUACAGCUGGAUUGAGGUCAACAACAUCACUCAUAUGUUUGUUGUUGCAGAUGGAAGUCACCCCCAGUCUGCUCUUAUCUAUUCAUUGCUGAACAAUCUUCUUUUAGAGCUGAGGAAAGAGGGUUAUGUUCCUCAAACUUGCAUUCCAAUGCAUCCACAAACUUUCGGUUUGUCAUAAUUGGGAUUUUUUUAUCAUGUUUUGCAAUUGUGGAAACUUGGAGGAGAGAGACAUAUUUUGGCAUAUGAACCAUGAUUUUUAUGCAGGCAUGGAGUCUUCCAAGGAAGUAGAAACAUCAUUGGUGAACUUGAUUACAAGAAAAGAGAAUUAGAAAAUUGAAUAUAAAAUUGGCUGGCAAAGAUACAGAUGUUAAGAGGAAGGCAUGAGGAGAGACGAGAUGUUCAGUGUUGAACAAUAAAACUAGUAUGAAUGAAUUAUGAGUUGAAGGACUUACAUCAAGGUAACAGUAAGAAGACUCAAAAUGUGCAAUAAAGCCAUGUGGUUUUGAUGAUGUUAAAAGGAGUGAAAGCAUUGUUCGCAUAAAAGAGGAAUAUGCUGAUGGUAAAAACUUACCGGAAAUGUUGGGAAAGAACAUUUAAGUGGAGGAAGUUGAUAUGAGAGAUGAUAUUUUGUUGGCAUUGUCACAAAUCAUCUCCAAAUUGAUGAAAAUGUGGAUAAAAAGGAUUAAUAAGUUUCCUUGAUUAUGGUGGUGGUGAUUUGCAAGUGGAAAUAGGUGCCUUUAAAAAUUUCAAGGAAUGCAAUGGUGGCAGGCAAUGAGCUCCAAGAAUGGAAGAGGGUCAUAAUUUUUGUUGUCUGCAACUAAGUUCGUAACUAUGUGAUAGUAUGACAUCUAUAACUCAUGGUACUCAGGGUUGUAAUUUUUGUUGUUUGCAGCUAAGUUCGUAACUCAAGGUAAUUCUAUUUAAAUUUCAGUGUUACAUUUCUUUGUGUUGCUAUGAUAUUUAUAAUUCUCUGUGAUGAUGAUCUAACCAUAUUUUUAAUGCUUUCAGUCUUUACUGUCUAUUGCUCUUAAAUUUAUUUCAUCCAGAUUUAAAAUAAUAAUAAUAAUAACAGAACGGAGAAGUGGAAGACUGAAGAUGCAAUGAAAUAGACAUGGAUAGUCUGUCUGUGGACUCACUGCCACCACAUCAAUUGCAAAAAACCCUAGCAAAAUGUUCGGGAAAAGAAAAGAAACCAGAUAAGAAGCUGAGUAUGUCCUAAUAAUAACAGAAAAAAAAAGUUAAUGCACUCCUUCCAGUAUAGCAAUAUUGACAUGGUUUCCAAAAUGCACAAUUCUCAGGCACUAGUAGUCGGUCUAAAUGAUGAAGCAAGUACUCAUGUGUUUCUUAAAUGAUAAUAGAAUAAGCAGUCAGCAUUUUUUUUCCCUAGCUUAUUUAGGUUUAUCUAUGU